UCUGUGUAUUCAAGUGUUGAGACGUUGAUGAUGAGAUGUGCUGUAAAUGAGUAGGAACUGAUCUGUCCAUGCUGGAUAUAUUGAUGAUUUCAUCACAGAAAUCUAUCAGCUGAAGAAAGAGGUGGCGUUACUGGAGACAAAGCUGAGGUCAAGAGGAGAUUUAGCAAUUAAUCGAGAGGAUGUGGAUUGUUGUGAAUCUUCAGUGUAUGUGACUGAUGAUGGGAGUCUGGAUUCAGUGUGGAUGAGCAGAGAUCAGAGCCGCACACCACAGCCACUGCUGGACUCUAAACUCUCUGAAGAGAAAUCCAGACACACACAGGACUCCGAUCUCAGUCUGACUUUACUCUGUGGAGGUUUGAUCCUCCUGUAAUCUCUGUUUACUGUCACACACUGUAGUGUCCUGAGUGUCUGUGGGCUUUGACUCAGUAUAACAGAGUCUCUGGAUUCUGUCUGUAACGCUGGAGAACAGCAGCAGAUCCUGCAGACCAAACUGAAGAUGUGUUCAGUUAAACUCAUCAACUGCACGAACCUCAUGAUGAAGAUUAAAACUGAACCCACAGAAAUCAAAACUGAACCCACAGAAAUCAAAACUGAACCCACAGAAAUCAAAACUGACCCCACAAAAGAGGAAGAUUGCACUGAUGAAGAUGAUGAUUUUAUUCCAUCAGAUGUGAAGAGUGAUUCAUGUUUGGAUAUAGAAAUAACGUCCUUAACAUCAAAAGAGCGACUGACAGCACAAACUCUUUCCUGCAUCACCUGUGGAAAGACAUUCAGCUCACAGAGACUUUUAGAGAGACAUGAGAAAAAACACACAGAACAGAAACUCUUCACCAGAUCUGAGAUCAGCUUUACUACCUUACAAGAGAAGAAACUUCAUUCAGAAGACCACAGAGAGAAGAAGAAGAAGAAGAAGCAGUUUCACUGUGAACAGUGUGGGAGGAUUUUUGUAUCUUCCUCUCAACUAAAUGUUCACAUGAGGACACACAGUGAUGAAAAGCCUUUCAACUGCACUGAAUGUGGAAAUUACUUCAAAACCAAAGACAAUCUUAAAGUUCAUCAAAGAGUUCACACAGGAGAAAAACCUUACGAGUGUCCUCGUUGUGAGAAGAGAUUUAGCUGUAAAUAUAAUCUGAAGAGACAUGUGCUUUCACACACCAAUGAGAGACCGUAUCAGUGCAGUGAAUGUGACAAAACCUUUAAGGAUUCACGUUCAUUAAAAAAACACCUGAAUACUCACUUAAAAGAGAAACCCCAUCAGUGUUCACACUGUGAUAAACGUUUCUGUCAUAAAUAUCAGCUGAUAGUCCAUCAGAGAAUUCACACUGGAGAGAAACCUUACGUCUGUUCUCACUGUGGAAAGAGCUUCACUAGUUCAUCAAAAUUCACAGUUCAUCAGAGAGUUCAUACUGGAGAGAAACCUCAUAACUGUAGUGUCUGUGGGAAGAGUUUUAGUCAUGGUUCUUCAUUACUUAAGCACAAGAGAAUUCAUACAGGUGAAAAACCUUUCAAAUGCUCUCAGUGUGACAAGACGUUUGCUUGUUCAGGUCACUUCAAAGUCCAUCAGAGAGUUCACACUGGAGAGAAACCUUACGUCUGUGCUAACUGUGGAAAGAGCUUCUCUGAUUCAUCUCAAUUAAGAGUUCAUCAAAGAGUUCAUACUGGAGAGAAACCUCAUCACUGUAGUCUUUGUGGGAAGAGUUUUAGUCAAAAAGCUACAUUACUAAGUCACAAGAGACUUCAUACAGGUGAAAAACCUUACAAAUGCUCUCAGUGUGACAUGACGUUCGCUCAGUCAGGUUCCUUAAAAUAUCAUGAGAGAGUUCAUACUGGAGAGAAACCUCAUCACUGUAGUGUCUGUGGGAAGAGUUUUAGUCGAAAAAAUACAUUACUAAAUCACAAGAGAAUUCAUACAAGUGAAAAACCUUUCAAAUGCUCUGUGUGACAUAACUUUUGCUUAUUCAGGUCACUUACAAGCCCAUCAGAGAGUUCAUACUGGUGAGAAACCUUAAAGCGGAAGGUGUAGUAGGGACAUCUACAUGACGUCAUUUUCGCAACAGCGCAUGCGUGAGAAAAUAUUGAGACAGGACACCCCACUACAAACAAUUACACAAAGGCAAUAGACAGCAUUUGCACGCACACUAUUGCUUUUUUCAUCUUUUAUUUUCACAUUUCAAAAACAGAAAGCUGUGGAGCAUUUUCGUCACCCUAAUGUUUGAUUCCUGGAACACAAUACCAGUGUUUUCCAGACUUACGGUUUGUGGCGGCACAUUUGCGACGUCCAUGUAUGCUUAAAUGCAACUUAUGAGGCUUGUAUGAUGUCACAGCAGUAGGCAGCUCAAAUAUAACGACACGCCUUUAAUCCCUCCCCCUCUGAAGUGAUACUAACUCGAUGGAAUAGCUAACCAAGCCAAAGUGAAGUGAGCUGACCCGACCUGACUCGCAAAUCAGCGCCCUCGGUUCGUCCCCUUUAUCUCAUUUGGGGUCUGCCCACUUUUCUUGCAUUUUUCAAAUAUUGCCAGUGGGUGGAGUAAGGCUCUGACCUGGGGCCGGUUGCACUAGCCAGAUGUUAAAAAGUUGGGUUUAAGUCCUACUUCGGGCAUUGUGAAAAAUAUUUAUGCCUGUUGCACCAUCUGAAACUACGACCAGACGCAUAUACGCUCAGCGUAAAUGAUGUGUGCCACCGCGUAUGCGUUUAACUGCAGUGAUAUUUAGAUGCUAGGGCUCCAGACUAACUUUUUCACAAGGAGCACAGUGGCCCCCAACUGAAAAUUUUAGGGGCGCAACCAGAAAAUGUAGUUGCACACACCGUUAAUCAACAUGCUAACUAAAUAUUCACAUUUCUACUAAUUUCCACUGUAUUACUAAUAUAUACUUUAAUGAUAGAUGCAGAAAGUACAAUGUGCUGUUUCAAAUUCAGUGUAACAUCACAAAAAAGGUCAAAUGUACUGGUCGCACAUGUGCAACUGGAUGUAAAAUUCAGUGGCACACACUCAAGUUUUGGUGGCAAAAUGCCACCAUUUGGUGGCAGUCUGGAGCCCUGGAUGCUGUUUGCGUUUACUAUGGCAAAAAUUUACACUUAGAGCCGCCAGCUAAUAAGACGACAUAUGAGAGCUUUCCCCAUGUUUACCAGUGCACUCUACAUCAAGAUGUGUACGUGUAGACUCAUCAAACACAUUAUAACAGCUCGAGUUUCAAACUUUUCAUAAAUGUAAUCAAAGCUUUUAUUAAGUUUUCUACAGUGUCUUUGUAAGGAAUUUGCUGGUGCAGCCAGGUUUCCGUUAUUAUCAUAACACAACAGUCCCAAACAAGGCGAUUUGUUGCCAGCUGUAACUCCAACUCAUCCAUUUUAUGAGUUAUUGAUCAUGCAUUUGUGAGAAAGAUACUGGGAAGCGGUGGUAAAAAAAAGCAUUCAAUUCAAUUUGACGCGCCAAUGUCUCGUCACAUUUCAUUAUUUCUAUUUUUGCCACAGAAACAAAGUCAAUACUUUAUAUUUACGCCUACCCUUGACUAGACGUAAGUUAGAGUCUCAGACGUGCGCUAUGGCUAGAUGGUGCAACAGGUGUAAAUUCUACGUCUAACAUAAAGUGCAUUUUAUGUCCAGAGUAGUCUUACGACCGGGUUUACGCCCAGCUGGUGCAACCGACCCCAGGGGUUUAGUAACCCUUUAAUAGUAAAAUAAGAACAAAUAAUCAAAUGAUGAGCAAUAUCGCAGAUAAAUACAACAGAACAAACACACAAAUGAAAUAAAACUGUGCUGCUCAUGUUUUCAGAUUGAUGUAAAAGUUCUGUAUUUUGGAGGUAAGGUGCCAAGCUGGUAAAGGGUGUAUGUGUCUGGGAGCAAACAUACUGUUCAGAACUAUCUAAGAUGGUGUUAAUUUAUGUUGUUUUUCAUAUUCUAUUUACACAUUUAUAAUUUUUUUAUUGUUUAUAAACUCUUUUGUUAUGUGUCAAAUUUUGUUAAAUGCUGUUUUACAGCUGCUAUAUAAAUAAAGUGACCUUGACCUUG